CAUGUUUCGUAAAUUAAAGAGAUUUACCGAGUGAUGGAGACGAAACCCAGGUCUGAUAGGACAUCACGAACCUGUAUCAGUGCCAUAGAAAGAAUUUAUCGUUCGUCUUCCUUGAUUGAAUGGCGCAGCUGACCCCUGAAUAACACAGAAUGAACUUCCUUUAUGCUGGACGUACACGAAUGAAAGGAUUUUGAAUUGAGCAUAUGCCGAAAUGUUCGAUGGUUUGGUGCCUGUGUUAAUGCGGAUGAUUCCAAAUUUAAUUCAAGUUGCGUGACGACGUCAUCAAAAAAUGUCGAAGGUGAACCGUGAGUUGCUUAAGCUAACUUCUUUUCUGCGGCUCUAUUCUUUUUGCAUAAAAAAAAAACAGGAAACUGUGAAGACAAAAAUGUGGGUCGAAUAAACAAUUCGGCCGUUUGACACACAAUGGGCAAUUAUUGCACCCACCUAAGGUAAAUAGACUUUGUUAUUUUUUUAUACGCAACUAAAAUAUCUCAUUUCGAAUUAAUAGUCUAAUUUUGAAAAGACUAUCUGCACUCGUUAGCAUGUCUUAUUGCUAGGGUCAAAUGAAGAAACUGUUCGUCGUUAAAGCUCUCCUUCCAUUUGCAAGUGGAACGAACUAACAAGAAAUUCUUCUCAAAAUUAUAACACCCGUUUUUGUACCAUCGGAAAACGCUUAUACCUUGGGCAUUCUGCGUUCAUCAGCCUCUUUAAGGCCCAAGCGUUUAAACUCGCACUUGUAAAAAGUAUAAAAGGAACUAAGAAAAUGUUGCCCAAUCUAAAUAGUUUGAAAGCAUUCAGGAUAUUCGGUUGUGUUCUGCUCUGCUCGUCUUUCGGGAAGAAAAGGGUCAAUCAACAAUCCCCUUACACAGGAUUUGAAAAAUGAAACGUUACAAAUCCUUGAACUUACUUUUACUUCAAACGUUCUUUUUCUUCCUAUUGUUGUCUGAAAUGUUUGGUCUACCGCAUUGCGUCAAAAGGGGGAAACGUCAGACGUCUGGUGGCGUCACUGAAGAAAAGCUUUCGGUGAAAAGCAGCGAUUCCGGGAAGUUGGGCGAUCCCCGCAUCGUGAAAGACGUCGGGAAAAAACUGGAAAAGCCAAGAUGGCUGGGCGGUGAACUCUACGUAUCGAACAAAGAACACAAAAGAAUUCUGAAAAAUCUUGGAGCUCACUACAAGAAAUCAAUGGAACUGGCACAGAGUCUUUUAACGGACAUCGUAGAGAUAUGGUGGCGCAUAGAAGAUACUUCCAAAGACGCUGAUCCGAUUACAGAUGGCCCGGAUUCGUAUAACCUGGCUGAUCUGCUUUUACUUGCCAAGGAUAGCGGACUGUGCCAUGAAACUCAUACUCUACCGCCUUCUGACGAUGAAGAUAAACCGAAACCUAUUGGCGGAUCAGAGAUCAACGAAACAUUGUCGGAGAACGAAGACCCUCAAUUAGAGAGCAGUUUAACUUUAAACACGACCAUUGUUCAGCCACCGAAGAAAAGCGAAACGAAAGAAGACUUAGUGAGGCGUCUCAAAUUGUUGGGUGAUGAACUGGAACAGAGCGAUCAUGAAUUACCGCCGAAACUUUUAACUGAUUUCAAAGAGGCAUGGCUUCGUAUAGCCAAUAAAUCAAAUGAGUUCUUCGACGUACGCAUUCCUCAGUCCAGACUGGAAGAAGAAGAUUUGAGAACUUACACGGCCCGGCUUUUAUUCCUUGCCAAUGAUCGGCCGUGCGAGUCACCGGACGAAACGUUCUUCAAAGGCCAUUGUCUUCUGCUCGGUCCGACUGAUCAUUGCCCAGAGAAUAUGGAGAUGAAUGACGGACCGAAGAACCAAGGAUUUUGUGACUGCGCUCCACUGGAUCCUGCCAAAGAAAAAUCCGAACUUCGGGUUGUUUAUUCAGCCCAGAAAAAGAAAUGCUACUCACAAAAUACGCAGGGUCCUUGUCCGAACGGGCAGUGGCUUGUACUCAAAAACAACGUUCCGCAGUGUGAAGAGAAUUCCGGUGGAUGUCCUACGGACGGUCGGCACGUCUAUUGGAGUCCAGAUGCAGGAGUUUUGAUGACUAAAAAAUGCUGGGAAAUUGGAACGAAAGGACCGUGCGAUCCGGAUGAACGACUCCAUCUGAGGCAAGACACUGGUGAUGUUGAGGUAUAUUGCGAUCGUAAUUUAGUCAGCAUUUCAUCGUCUGUGAUCAUUCCGCCCGUUCCAGCUUAUCGGGCUGCAUGUCAAGCAGGUAGUUACCGUAAGCAACGAUUGAAAUGCGAACGGCCAUUCUUGUAAAAGAAAUAUUCUGAUGGAGUUUCUAUCAAGUGAUUCGUUUAAGUCUAAAAGCCAAUCAAAUAGCCGUUGCGUGUUGUUGGCAUGUAAUCCAUUAUCUAAUCCUUCCAUGCUGUAUCUUAGGCAAUGUAAAAUAUACGUCGUAGUUGGUGUCUGGGAAUGUCUGCAAAUAAAGAAAAAGCUAUCGCCGUUCGAAUUUACAACAA